UGAGGGUAAAUACGAGAUUCUCCUCUUCGCCAGGAGAACAUUUUCCAAAAGAAAGAACAAAAAAUUCCGGGAAGCGAGAAAAAGGAUCCGAUUCUUGGAGGUCAAGCGUGGAAGAGAACAAAGUCAGCUCAUUAUGAAGGGACGUGUACAAUGGGAUGAAGCUAAUAUAGUGGAAAUUGAAUCCAACAAACCUGUAAGGCAGAAGAUUACUGAACCAAAGACACCGUAUCACCCCAUGAUUGAUGAUGAUGGUUCUGUGUCUCCUAGAGGAAGAUCGUUUGACAACUGUGUUGAUGAAAUGCAUCGCGCUGAAGAACUAAGGAAUUCCCUGAAUGAUGUAGCGUCUUCCAGUAAAAAUACCAGCCAGAGAUCUGAUUCUGGCGGCUGGAGCUCGUCAGAUGAUGACGAAGAUCCAAUGGAUGAAAACGAAGAAGGUUCUGAGAGUGAGACAAAUGCAGAUUUCAAGGAACAUAGACGGGCACACUAUGACGAGUUUCGAAUGGUAAAGGAGCUGAGAUCCUCUGGUUCUUUAUAUGGUGAAGAUGCAGAAGUCGACGAUGGCGCCAAAACGGGUAAAUCCGAGGCAACAAUCUCACAAAAACCUCCCGGUGAGAAAGGCUUGGAUAGAGAAACAACUGAUGGUGCUGCGGAUGCAAUAACAUCAGGAAAGUCAUCUUCUUCCUCUAGAUGAUACAAAGCUCAGAAUGGUCAAGUUGUUACUAUGGUGUUAUUCUGGAUAAUACAGAAGUUCUAACUGUCUAUUUAUUCUGGUUUGUAACCUUUGAGAAAAGGAAGAAGAAAUAAUAAAACACGAAUAUCCUUCAAA